AUGUCGAAUAUGAGAGAAUUGUCCACGAUACAUGUUAAUUCUACUGUGGAAGGAACAGUGGGCAGCAGAGUGUGGAUGCUCAGCUGGAAUUUUGACGGUUCUCUCCUUGCCAGUUGUGGGGAUGACAAAACUGUUCGAAUAUGGAGGAAAACUGAAAGUUCGCCCUAUUUGGAGUGCUGCACGAAGAUUGACGAUAGCCAUUCGAGAGCCGUUCGAUGUGUUCAGUUCUCACAUUGUGGUCGUUAUUUGGCAUCGGCAAGCUUUGAUGCUUCUGUCGUAAUAUAUAGUCGCGAGGACGGCGAGUUCACGGAGUCGAACAAGUUGGAAGGACAUGAAAGUGAGGUGAAAUGCUGCGCAUUUUCACCAAGUGAUGAGUUUCUUGCAACAUGUAGUCGCGACAAAACUGUGUGGUUCUGGCAAAUGGACGAGGAUGAGGACUUUCAAGUUUCGUCUGUUCUUCAACCGCACACGCAGGAUGUUAAAUUCGUCGCAUGGCAUCCUUCUGAGGAGGCUCACAACGGAACGGUCUGGUGUGCUGCAUUCGACACAGAUGGAUAUCGUUUGGUCACUGUAGGUGAAGAUCACAUUGUACAGUUGUGGAAGCGAAGUUCUCCUCAAGAAUCUGCAGUUAACGACAAGUGGGUAUCAGUGGCGAAGUUCCUGAUUGAGGAUACAAGGCUGCCUCUGUACACCGUUUCAUGGCAUGCAUCCACAGGUCUUAUUGCUUCUGGUGGUGGUGAUAGCAUUAUACGGUUAGUUAAAUCAAGAUCUACCUGGUAUACCUCCUCCUAA